CAUAAAAGCAAAACAUAUGAUACAACUACAUUAACAUUAGAAAGUUAGAUUUGAAAUUUUGAAUGGAAAGAAAAACUUACAAAGUAAUUUGUAAAAUAAGUGAUGGUGGUUUUGGAGAAAUCUAUAAAGUAAAUUCGCCGAGUACAAAUGAAAUCCUUGUUCUAAAACAUUUGAAAUUCAGGGGAAAUUUAAAUGAGCAAACAUAUAUAAAAAACGAAAUUUCAAGCCUAUCUUCUUUGAGACAUGAGAACAUUAUAUCCUUUCGAGAAGUUCUAGUGAAAAGUGAAGAAGUGAAUAUUAUAAUGGAAUAUGCGGAUGGAGGAAAUCUUGAAGAUUUUGUUUCUGAACAUAAACCUGUAUGUAAUACUUUAGUUGUUGAUAUUUUUAUCCAAAUAUUGAAAGCUGUAGAAUUUUGUCAUCAGAAUAUAAUUGCACACAGAGACAUAACUCCAAGUAAUGUAUUAAUAUUAAAAAACAGGACUAUUAAAUUAGCAGAUUUUGGUCUUUCUAUGAAAUGCAUGUCCUCAUCUGGUCAACCAUUGCUGUGCGAUGAUUUUCUUGGAAAUAGACUAUUUUCUGCUCCAGAAGUAAUUCGUAGAGUUGUCCACGAAGCCAUUUUAGCGGACAUAUGGAGUCUCGGUGUUCUCCUUUAUUUCAUAAUAUUUACUAGAGUACCAUUUACAGGAUAUGACGAAGAAAUACUAGUCCAGCAACAAACAAUAGGAAAUACUAUAACAACAUCACGUUGUAUUGACUUAUUUCAAUGCACGUUUCUUCAUUUCUUGAAAAUCAUUCCUUGUGACAGAACAUGUGUGUCAACGGUAUUACAUUCCUGGAAUAAUGCAAUGAAUGAAUCUGUUUUAUGUUGAUACUUUUUUGUUGAAAAUGUAUGUUGGGUGAGUUGAAUAAACUGCAAAAAUGUAAGAAAUGUGUUCAUACUUUUGAUCACAUUUAUGAAUUGUUGUCCAUUAUAACUAUUAAAC